GUGAGCUGCUGCUCAGCAGUCGCGGAAAAUCAUCAUAGUGGAUCGUAUGUUUUUUUGUCCGACGCGUUUAAUACUUUAUUUGUUUCUUGUUAAUAAAAAGUUGUUCAAAAAAAAAAACAAAAAGAGGGGAAAAAAAACACGAAAAUAAUUAUGGAUAUCUAAAUUUCAUUGUAAAAUUUUUUUUCGUUUUUGGAGCAUCAUCAAAUAAUCGAUUGAUAGUCAUCGAUGUCGAAUAACGGAAAGAAAUCGAAAUAAUCUUUCUCUCCCUCGCGAAAAAAAAAAAUGAUUGACAAGAACAUUUAUUUGAGGUAACAAAAGCAAAAAAAUGUUCAAAAUACUAAACUCCAAUUUUUCUAUAAGUGGAAAAUCAUAUCCAAAGGAAUUAAUGAAGAAAAAUGGAAAAAGUGACAAAUAAGUUUGUGUUAAAAAUUGGGACUUGGAUGAUAAUUAAUGAUAAUUAAUGAAUAAUGGUGCGCGCACUAUUUUUUAGUUUAAAAAAAUCUCAAAUGAUGCUGUAAAGGCAUCAUGAAAGUGAAUUCAAAGCAAAAGUGAAUUUUAAACUAUAUAUUUUAAAAAAAUUCAGUGCCUGAUGAUAAAUUAUGUGUGUGUAAAACUUAUAAUUCCAAAAGUGAAUUAAACCCUAAUAACUAUGGCAAAAAUAUUCAAUUGCUGAAGAAAUAAGAAAGCAAAAAAAAAAAAUUGAUAUAAAUGGCGGUUUCAGUAGUUUUAAUUGAUUGGUGUAAUAGUUGAACUUUUUUUUUAAAAAAAGUGUAUAAAUCUGGAUUUUAAGUACGAGAAUCAUUACCAGGGAUGCAGGAGAUCCGCAGAAGGUGGUUCAGCGCUAUUUGGUCGCUUCUAGCUGUCUUGUCUCAUCAUUUAGAAUGUUCAGCGAAAGGAGGAGGUGGUUCUAUAGUGGAACAUCAUCCAUCAUCAUAUUGGGAACAACCUUUUAGUCAACCAUAUUUUGAUAAUACAACUAAGCGAGAGACAAUCACAACAGUUGGACAAACAGCCUAUCUACACUGUAGAGUACGCAAUCUUGGUGAUCGAGCUGUAUCAUGGAUUAGAAAAAGGGAUCUUCAUAUUCUCACUGUAGGAAUUUUAACAUAUACAAAUGAUCAACGUUUUCAAUCGUUGCACAGUGAUGGAAGUGACGAAUGGACAUUAAAGAUUAGUUCAUCUCAAGUUCGUGAUAGUGGCAUAUACGAAUGUCAAGUAUCGACAGAACCAAAAAUUAGUUUGGCCUACAAACUCAGUGUAGUAGUUUCAAAAGCAAAAAUUCUUGCCAAUGCAGAACUUUACAUUAAGAGUGGAAGCGACAUCAACCUAACAUGUGUCGUCGAACAGACACCUGAGCCACCGUCCUUCAUUUACUGGUAUAGAGGUGAAAACGUAAUAAACUACAGUCAACGUGGUGGCAUCAGUGUAGUUACAGAAAAGCAAACGCGAACGUCGCGCUUGUUAAUUUCAAGAGCACUUUCCGCCGAUUCAGGCAAUUACACGUGCGCUCCUUCGACAGCUGAAUCAGCCAGUGUCCUAGUCCACGUACUUAAUGGAGAACAUCCUGCGGCAAUGCAGCAUGGAAAUUCUAGCAAUAGUGGAGCGACAACGCGCACUUUAGCACUUCUUCUAUUAUUGUUACACGCUGGAGUAACAAGGUGACUGUUUGAUCGCGACACGCAUUAAAGUUCGGCCAAUCUACCAAUAUCCAAUACGUCUUUCCACUGUCAUGUGCGUCCGUCAUUUAUAUUUUAAUGACUGUGGAUCAACGAACGAUAUAUAUAUAUAUAUAUAAAUUUAUAUAUAUAUGAAGUAGCUGAGCUGAUCUACAUUCAAGAAUUUAGCGUGUGUCGCGAAAUUACAUCUCGAAAUAAAAAAAAAUGUCGAAUAUCGUUGUAAUUCGCAACAAUUUACGUAUUUCGAGAGAGAAAAAAAAAAUAAUUUUUGUAAAUCGUUAAAAAAAAAUAUUAAUAUAUUAAAACAAUCGAAUGGAGAUUUUUCUGACAAUUUAGUUUAUUUAUAAUGCCAGCGCUAUUUGCCUAGUAUUAUUAAAUGUUACCAACAGCAAUCAGUAGUGCGAUUGUGUAAUUUCACUUUCAUUUUCACUUUCAUUUUAACUUUCAUUUUCACUUUCAUUUGCACUUUCAUUUUCACUUUCAUUUUCACUUUCAUUUUCACUUUCAUUUUACAGGGAAAAAAUGACUUCCACUUUGAUUUUCAAUUUUAACGUCACUUUCCGGUUUUAAGUGAAAAUUAUCUUCCAGUUAGAGUUUCACUUUCACUAGUAAUUUCAGUUUUAACUGAAAAAAUGACUUCUACUUUGACUUUUAUUAUCACUUUCAUUUUUCAGUGAAAAAUUCCAGUUUAAAUGGAAAUGAAAGUUAAAAUAGAACCGAAAGUUAAAGUGAAAUUGGAAAUUAAAGUGAAAGUGAAAUUGGAAAUGAAAGUGAAAAUGUAAGACAAAAUGAAAUUACACAAUUCCUCCCCUGUAACUGGCUUUGUAUAGUUUAAUUAUAGCAGAACUCUUUAAAAAAACGAAAGUUUUAAUUUAAAAAUUAAUUUAGCAACAUUGUACUUUUUUUUAAA